AUGCAUGAGAAUACGGGCCGUGAAUCCCCCCCCCUCCCCUUCGCUAUUCUUCUGUGCUUCAGUCCCUUUGAGGCAAAUCUCGAUUCUACACCUAUCCUAUCCGUCUUGUUCGACUGUCGAAUUCGAAAUCCCUCCUACGUUCAUCCUGUCGCAACACCUGUCCGAACACCAACCAACAACUCUACCGCGGCGGCCGAUGUGCCCGUCUGUCCACACACAAUGCCUGGUAUCCUGCCCAUGAAAGUAAUCAAGGUCGGUGGCACCGGUACUUCAAGUCGAAUCGCCCAAGCCUGUGACCGAUGCCGAAGCAAGAAAAUCCGCUGCGAUGGCGUUCGUCCCUGCUGUACACAAUGCGCCAACGUCGGUUUCGAAUGUCGAACGAGCGAUAAAUUGAGCCGCAGGGCAUUCCCUCGUGGUUACACCGAGUCUCUUGAGGAGCGUGUGCGAGCCCUGGAAACAGAAGUCAAGGAUUUGAAGGAUUUGCUGGACGAAAAGGACGAGAAGAUCGACGUGCUGUCCAGGAUACAUUCUUUUUCGUCUCCGUCACAAAGAGCUACCUCGGCUCGUUCGCCGACAGCGUCAGCGUCAGCAUUGGCGCAUACACCGAAUAAAUCACCUAGCUUGGAUACCUCGGAGGGAGUUGUUCAUGUAGCACGGACUACUGCACACCCAUCUCCCGAGAAUCCUUAUACGGCCCUUUCUAGUACCCAGGGCUUUGCUGAUGUAUUUACCAAUAAACUUGUCAGCCAAGAAAAGGCGACAUCCAAGAUUCCCACUCAGGCACUAACGAAACUGUCGCCUCCGCUCAUCAAUAUUUUCUUCCAAGAAUGGGCGCCGCUUUAUCCAGUGGUGCACAGACCGACUAUUCUUAAGGCAUAUGAGCAAUAUCUGAAUAAACCCGACUCUUUGAAACAAAAUUUGCCGGGCUUGGCUCAGUUAAAUCUGAUUUUCGGAAUCGCGAAUCUCUCGUCUAAUUCGAGAACUACGCAAGACCCCACUUUUUUCGAAGAGAACUGGACUAGUACCCUCGAUACGUUUAUGGGCGAAUCUUCUAUUGAUGCCCUGCAGUGUUUCGUCCUGGCCCAAAUGUAUUGCAUGACAAAGGGUGACUAUAAGAGUCUCCUUCGCUAUCGUGCUUUGGCUGUGGAUAUUUGCCAUCAGCUGGGACUGUACGAGUCCCAGGAGAACGUGACAUCAAACCGACUUGAAACAGAAACUCGGAAGAAGGUGUUUUGGUGCCAAUAUGUCUUGGACCGAUUUUCUUCUGCUUUGACUGGCAUGCCCAUCCUAUUGCGCGAGUCUGAUAUCCAGACCGAGUAUCCUGUUGAUGUGGAUGAUGAGAAUGUCACAGAAUCUGGAUUCUUGCCAACCCUCCCUGGCGAAUCUACUCGCCUCUCGAGCGCUCUAGCGCUUUUUAAUGUGUCGCGUAUUCUCACAAAGGCCUUGGAAGACCUAUACCCGUCACGAUCUAGCUACGACAUGUAUGUGUCGAAGAUGCGCGCCGUGUCAGGACAGCUGGACGAGUGGCUUAAGAUGCUGCCUCCGCAUCUCCGCCUCGAGUUCUCUCAAGAUAAGCCUAGCACCAACGUCACAAGCAGCAGGUCUCCUUUACUGUCGCUCUUUUACUAUUUUAUUCGAUCUUUGAUCCACCGCCCUGCUGUCUGCUUCGCGGAGGAGAAUUUGCGCUCUCCGUCAAUUUUGGCCAUGUCCGAUUCUUCGAAGCAUAUUAUCCAAAUUCUGCAGCUACUGGAUGAGCGCCGACUUUCUCUCUCUGUCAGCAUCAACCGGAAGGAAUUGGUGUUCCUUUCGGGACUAGGACUGUUAUGGCAAACACUCAGCCUGAAACGGGACAGCAAGCUGUUGAAAGACAGCCAGAAGCUGCUCGCUAAUGUCGUAGAGCAACUCGAGCAGGAAUCGCCCGUGGCUGCCUCUGAGUUUACUUCGCUUGCCAGUACUUUGGUCUUCCUCGACACGAAAACGCGAGGAGCCGCGCAACCUAGCAAGGCUUCACAAGAAAUGGUGGCGCCGACUCAAAAGCCAUCCAGGUCACCGAAAAGGCAACUCCAAUAUUUGAAGGCUCGUCUCACGUCGAACGGCAAUCGUGAGGAAUCUCCCAAGCAGGCUGCUUCUCGUCGAAACACUAUUUCCGGUGCUAGCCCUCCGCUUGGGGCCCAAGCCCUUCGAUCUCCUAGCUGGACCAGUCUCCCUCCUCAACAAGACCACUUCUCUUCAUCUCAAUACCCGAUCGAUCACGGUCGUGCCUCUCUGGAUCUCGGAUCGGACCCUCGCCUCACAUCCUCGACUUUGGGUUAUGAUUACCAACGGGCGAUGUCGACUUCAACCGCAUCGGAUGUUACUAGUGGCACGAAUGGCGCCAUCACAAUGGCGGAUUGGGAAUACGUGCUGAGCGAUAUGGAUCGCGGGUAUUCCAAUAUCUUCACUGGUAUCUACGGAGGCAGAGAAUGCGGCGAAGACCCGGGCCCAUUCGCCUCAAUCACGGCAGAGUAUGCGCAAAAGCAAAAUGACGGUACCCUGUCGAUCCCCCAGCCGGUGACGGAUGUGCAUGACCUGUCUCCUAAGGCAUGGUCUUCGAGCAGCGGCGAUUUCGCUCCAUGUCAGGACCAUGUUGCGCAGAGUGUUUUGAGCUAUUCUGGUGAGAGCAUGGGAAGCGCCGAGGAUGCAAAUCUACAUCACUUUGGCGAUGCCCCGGCACAUCCGGACGAUCUUGGUCUGAUUGACCCCUUCCAGGCUAUUGCCAUGCCGGUCGAGGGCGAACUUGAUGAAUUUUCUCUAGUCAAUGGCUGGGAUCGACGGCUGGCCGUCUGA